UCACCAGAAAGCAAGAACACGUUUUGAUUGUUUCGAGCCGCUGAAAAUUGUAAACAGACAAGGUUGAGGCAUCAAAGUAGUUUUAUUUAGCGCAUUAAAAAUGAAAAUGAGCUUGACCUCAUCACUUAGGCGGCUCUUGGUAACUUAUAGAAGAGCUUCCAGCUUCAGAACGUACCUGAGUGAUGCGUACAGGUGUGAACAAGCAUGGCAAAAUCGUCUGAAGUCGCCUCUGCUGACUCGAUUGAAUCAGGACGAGCUGUACCACAGCAUAGAGCAGAAGCUCAACCAGGAGGACUUCAUCAGCGGCGUGGACGUGGACAUUUUCACCGCCAGUGUACAAGACGAAACCCACCUGGAUGAAGUGGAGGACCUGGUGUUCAAACUGCGCCAGAGUGGCCAGGCCGGCAACCUCUUCCCCUCGACAGGACACAAUUUUGUCCAACUGCUGCACUUUACGGGACGGACCAAUGACCUGCUGCGGAUUCUGCACGAUCGUCUCAAUUACGGAAUUUUCGUUGACUACCAUAUUUCAAAUUUAAUCGUGGACGACUUCCUGAAGGCGGAAAAGUUACCCGAGGCAGCUAAAGUGGCGGUUCUGCAUGGUCUGCAGGAGGACACCGGAAACCACAUCACAAACAAUCUGUCCCUGCUGGCUUGCCUACAAAAUGUCCUCAAGCAGGUCACCUGGGAGUUGGAGUUGCCUCCACCCGAAGAGGAGCCCAAGGAGGAGGUUAAAAUCAGGGUUAAUUUUUUGAGGAACCCCAGUUUCGACGGACACUUUGAUUUGGUCAAGGGUAAUGCUCUGAUGGGCAAGACAAUGGCUAUCUUGGCUCCAGCUCUUAAGGACAAGGUCCUGGCAGGAAGUUUGGAGCUGUUGGGGUGGGCCUUGUUCGAGGAUUGGAAGAAGGUGGAAAAAUCGGCUGGAAGUUUGAAUGGGCCCAUCUUUAGGGAAGCGAUUGACCUGAUCGAGAAACAUAUUUCUGGUUUGGAAAAGGAAAAAGUUCCCGAGGCCACUGUUGCAGUUUUAAAACAAGUGAAAACCAAGGAGGGAAAUCUUUUAGAGCAGAUGGAGGGUUCAGUGAAAGAAGCUGUGACAGAAAAUGAGGCCAAAGAUAUUCAAGAACAGGAAAAGAAAUAUGUCGAGUGGGAAGAGCACAGACAAAGAAUGUUAGCCAAGCAACUGCGAGAAAUUGAAAUCAAGCAGAAAUUGGAGCAAAUCGAAGAGAAGAAGAAGUAUAUGAAGGAGCGAGAGGAGCUUUUGAGCUUCUUCGAGAAAGAGGACCAAUACAAUUUGAUCAUUGAGGAGGCAGAGAAAGAGGAAGGGGAGAGGAAACUGACAGAAAGGACCGUUGCUGUUGUUGAAGAAACCUAUGUACCUCCAGAAGUAGAGAAGAGACAUGUCACCAAAAAGAAAAUUUAGAGCAAAUUUAAUUAAAAGUCAUUAAUUGUAAGUCAAAAG